CUGAUUAGCCUUCCGGUUUCCUCCCUCUUCGCUCCGCCUCCGUCUUUGAAACGUCAACAGCGCCAAACGUUCCGGCUCCUGUAACUCUCAGUUCUCCCGGAGUAACGGGGGUAAAAUGAGCACCGUGUCCGCGGAGCCGCAGUGGAGGAGAGUUUCCUCCGUUGCCGGAGUGAUCCCGCGGUCCAGACACGGACACCGAGCCGCUGCUAUCCGGGAGCUGGUCGUUGUGUUCGGAGGAGGGAAUGAAGGGAUAUCAGAGGAGCUCCAUGUUUACAACACCGUCUCAAAGCAGUGGUUUCUGCCUGCGGUGAGGGGUGACAUCCCACCCGGCUGUGCUGCCCAUGGCUUCGUCUGUGAAGGCACCAGAAUACUGGUCUUUGGCGGCAUGGUUGAGUUCGGGAAAUACACUAACAGCCUCUAUGAACUUCAGGCUAGUCGCUGGCUGUGGAAGAAGCUGAAGCCCAGAGCACCCAGGAACGGCUUGCCUCCCUGCCCUCGGAUUGGACACAGCUUCACUCUUGUGGGUAACAAGUGUUACCUGUUUGGAGGGCUGGCCAAUGAUAGUGAAGACCCCAACGGCAAUGUACCAAGAUACAUGGGUGACUUCUAUGAGCUGGAGCUGCCGUCGUUAUCGGGGGCAAGAGGCUGGAGCAUCCCAGAGACGAAGGGUGGGGGUCCCUCAGCACGGGAGUCCCACACCUCGGUUGCCUACACAGGCCUCGGAUCCCCGAAGCUCUACAUCUAUGGAGGGAUGCAAGGAUGCCGGUUAGACGACAUCUGGCAGCUUGACCUCGACACAAUGGUUUGGUCGAUGCCUGAAACCAGAGGUUCCCCGCCACUUCCCAGAAGCCUUCACUCUGCCAAUGUCAUUGGAAACAAGAUGUAUGUUUUUGGUGGCUGGGUUCCUGUACCAGAGUCAGACGAAGACAAUGCUUCAGGAACUGAAUGGAUCUGCAGUGACUCCUUGAGUGUACUCAACUUAGACACUAUGAUCUGGCAGAACCUGGGCCCAGAGCAGCAAGACGACAUAGAGUCCCAGCUGCAGAGCCAGGGACCCCAGAGUGAUGAUCCGUACGCCUGUAGGCCCAGAGCCAGGGCCGGCCACUGUGCUGCCACCGUCGGGUCCAGGCUUUACAUUUGGAGCGGCCGUGACGGAUACCGCAAGAGCUGGAACUACCAGGUCUGCUGCAAGGACCUCUGGUUCCUGGAGACAGAUCGACCCGCCGCCCCAGAGGCAGUGUUACUCAUCAAAUCCACAGUCAGCAUGCUUCACGUGGCAUGGCGCCCCCUGGCGGCAGCCGACUGCUACAUCCUUCAGAUCCAGCCUGCACCUCUACCAGCAAAACCAGUCGAUCAAACUGGAACAGGUGGGCCGGUGAGGGAGGGUACAGACUCUGCAGGUGUCCAGUCUCUUCAACCUCAGACUGGAGGAACCACUAAUGAAGCAGCAAAAGCAUCAGCUCAGAAUGCGUCAGCAGCACAGAAGGAAACGACGGCAGAUUCGUCCAACGGCUCAGCAGAGGCCAAAGCACAAGGAGGAACGAGUGCAGGGAAGGAGACACAGAAGGUCUCUGACACAAAAGGCUGCGUUGCUGGACAGGUGACAUCAUCAACAGAGGUCAGCAGCUCAGCUCAGCACCAGCCAGAGAAUCAACCUGUUUCAACUGACAAGACAACAGAUUUCUACGCCCAUAUACAUCAGCAGAAUCCAGAUGAAGCAGUGUGGUUUGAUGUUGGUGUGUUCAAAACACUCUUCUCUGAGGUCAGCCACUACUUUCUACCUGCUGACGGUGACCAGGCGACUCCAGCCAUCAGCAGCCGGCCGCCACACACUAAAGAGAGAAAGCUUCCAGGGCCUCAGGACUACCAGAGCAGAGAGAAGCAGGAGCUGGCUCCAGGUCAGACCUACAGGUUCAGAGUUGCAGGUAUCAACUGUUUGGGCCAGGGGGUCUUCAGCCCAGUCAGCGAGUUCAAGACCUGCAAGCCUGGUUUCCCCGGAGCGCCCUCUGCUGUCAAAAUUUCCAAGGCCAAUGACUCGGUCCACAUCACCUGGGAGGCUCCCCCCUCUCCAUCGGGCAAGAUCCUGGAGUAUUCCAUGUACAUGGCGGUAAAGAAGAGCCGCUCCAGCAGCUCGGAGCGUCCGGGUCAGAUGGCCUUCAUCAGGAUCUACCGUGGCACCAAGACGUCCUGCUCGGUCAGCUCCACACACCUGGAUAACGCCCAAAUUGACUACUCCGCUUCCAACCGGCCAGCUGUCGUCUUCCGCAUAGCUGCUAAGAACGAGCAGGGCUACGGCCCGGCGACGCAGAUCCGCUGGAUUCAAGAUCCUUUUACUAAAUUGCGAGCGUCUGCAUCCAAAGCCGACAGCAAUGCUGCAGCUGACCAGGACGCUGCUGACAGCUCCAGCUGAAAAUGUUCGGACCAACGACACCGUGUUUUUGGAAGAAACAUUACGUGCACUCAGGAAGUUGGCAACGUACGCCACUCAGAUUUUUGUAUAUCUCAUAGAUAGUUUUGUUAAUUUAUUUUUUUUAACGUAUUUAAUUAUUCCCUUGUAAAUAGUUUUUCAUAGGAAGCUUGACCACUUGGCUAUUUUAGUUAAACAAUUGUUUUGUUAAGUAAUAUGUAGAUCAAACUACAAGUAUGAUUUCAGAUUUAAAAGAUUGGAGGUGCCUUAGAGCUAACAGCAUCAGCCACUGAUGUCAUGCCGUUGAAUGAAAGAAAAUCUUUUUUUUAUUUUAUUUUUUUAUAGCUUGGACCACUUCUACGAUCCAAUAUGAAAUACCAGUUGUAUUAUUGUUUUAUAAUCAUAUCGUUUACUAUGAUUUAGCUUUGUUUUAAGAACUUUGUUAAUGUGUUUUGUCAAUGUACACAGCCAUAUGUUACUACAAACUUUCACUAACCAUUACAUCUCUGCAUCACA